CUUGCACCACUUCCGGUUAGCGUUAAUAGGAAGUCGCGCUUUAUUAUUUUCUCAAUGAAAAACGUAUAACUUGUUUUCUAGCAAUGAAUUGUAGUGGUUAUUAUUGUUUACGAAAAGUAAAUAAUGUAAAAGAAAAGCUGUUAUGCCACAAUUGAGCUGGUUGUCCAUGUGUUGGAGUUUCAGGAUGUUGAUGUGGAGUGAGAGAUCUCGCUGAAUUAAGAACAUCUUGGGCAAAGAUGGCGGCGGUGAUACCAUUGUGGAAUUCUCUGAGAAUCCUGAGACGUCUUCCUCAGGUUGUGUCCCAUCGCCUCCAGCAAUAUCCCAGGCUCCAGGCCACUGGACCAGCCCCUGUGUGUCAUAUCUCCACACCCCUUGCUUCAGUUCAAUGGAGAGGCUUCAGAUCAAGCCAUGUGGUGUCUGGACAGGUGCUUCAGUUCAAACUCUCAGAUAUUGGAGAGGGCAUCAUGGAGGUCACUGUAAAAGAGUGGUAUGUCAAGGAAGGGGACCGGGUCUCCCAGUUUGACAGCAUUUGUGAGGUCCAGAGUGACAAAGCGUCCGUCACUAUCACGAGCCGUUAUGACGGAGUCAUUCGUAAGCUGUAUUAUGACGUAGAUGCUACCGCUCUUGUUGGUUCCCCUCUCGUGGACAUUGAAACAGAAAGAGCAAUAGAGGGCGUUCCAGAGGAAGAUGUGGUCGAGACUCCAGCAGUAUCCCAUAAACAACCACACCAGGAAAUGAAGGACCAGAAAACUCAGGCAACACCGGCAGUGCGCCGUCUGGCCAUAGAAAACAAUAUUAAGCUCAGUGAGGUGGUCGGGACAGGACAGGAUGGCCGUAUUCUAAAGGAGGACAUUCUUAAUUUCUUAGCAAAGCAGACAGGAGCCAUCCUGCCUUAUGAGGUCCAGAAAACCCCAACACCGGUUAUGGCAAAACCCACUGCAGACACCCCACCCAAAGAGAAGAAGCCUGUCAUGGCUCCUCCAGCGAUCCCUCAACUCGUCUUCACUGGGAUAGACAGGACCGAGCCACUAAAUGGUUUCCAGAAGGCCAUGGUGAAGACCAUGACUGCUGCUCUGAAGAUCCCACACUUCGGUUACUGUGAUGAGGUGGACCUGACACAGCUAGUGCGGUUACGCUCAGAGCUGAAGGGGCUCGCGGAGUCUCGGGGUGUCAAACUCAGCUACAUGCCUUUCUUCAUAAAGGCUGCAUCACUUGGCCUCCUGCAGUUCCCUGUUCUCAAUGCCUCUGUGGAUGAAGGCUGCCAGAGCAUUACAUACAAGGCAUCUCAUAACAUUGGCUUGGCCAUGGACACUCCUCAGGGACUCCUGGUGCCCAACGUGAAGAGCGUUCAGAGCCUUAGUGUGUUUGACAUCGCUGAGGAGAUUAACCGUCUGCAGGCUUUGGGUUCAGCAGGACAGCUGGGCACUGCUGAUCUCACUAGUGGAACCUUUACUCUGUCCAACAUUGGCUCGAUUGGAGGGACAUUUGCCAAGCCAGUGAUUCUGCCCCCAGAGGUGGCCAUCGGAGCUUUGGGAAAGAUUCAAGUACUGCCCAGGUUUAACUCCCGUGAUGAGGUGGUGAAGGCGCACAUCAUGAACGUCAGCUGGUCCGCUGAUCAUAGAGUUAUAGAUGGCGCUACCAUGAGCCGCUUCUCCAACCUGUGGCGCUCUUACCUGGAAAACCCAGCUGCCAUGGUCCUCGAUCUCAAAUGAACACUGCUCUAGAAAUCACCUCCCCGGAGUCUCUUUUUGGUUACCCAUGGCUGCAAAACAAUGUCUUGUGGCAAUCGUGUGAAACUCAAGUUUUUGCUUUCACAUUCUUUUGUCUCUUGUUGCUUUAUUACAGAUUAAAGACUGUUACUGUAACUUAGAAUUGCAAAAAACUUGCCUUGUGUUGCUGAAAGUGCUUUAGAGUUGUAGAUACAGAUUGCAGAUUUCAUUUUCUAAAAGUUUUUAAUGCUUUCAUAUGCAUGGUUGUAAAGGAACUUGAAUGAGCCUACACUUUUUGCACAUGUAUGUCAAAAUUCUGAAAAGUCAUUUAGGUUUUUAUAAUGGAAAGCGCUUGUGUGUGGGAUGGAGGCUGACACCAACAGGCUCUUGGGUUGGAAUGGAGAAGUAUACUGACUGUAGCAUCUCAUUGUCUAUUAACUUUAACUGAGACCUCAUUCACACAACAAGCCUGUGUAGAGCUCACAGACAGCCACUUCAUCUAAAACCACUUGAAGCCUCUGCGGACAUUGUUCAGUGGUGAAGCACCACCACCACCUAAAUGUUGGACAAACAAUUGGACCACUUGUGGAAAGCUUGUUACUGAAUUAUGGAAAUAGUUAAAACGUAAUGAGUUGUAUUAACAGAAUGUGUGGCUAGCUGUAGUUUACAUCAGAUAAAAUUUCAACUUGCCCUUCAGUAUGUAAAAACAAAACAUGCAUUAAUAUAGACUCUCUGAGCACUUUAUUAGGAACACAAUGGUUCUAAUAAAGUGUCCAAUGUGGUCUUCUGGUGCUGUAGCCUAUCUGCCUCAAGGUUCGAUGUGUUGUACAUUCUGAGAUGCUAUUCUGCUCACUACAAUUGUACAGAGUGGUUAUCUGAGUUACUGUAGCCUUUCUGUCAGCUAGAACAUGUCUGGCCAUUCUUUGUUGACCUCUCUCAUCAACAAGGUGUUUCCAUCCACAGAACUGCCACUCACUGGAUGUUUUUUGUUUUUGGCACUCUUCUGAGUAAAUUCUAGAAAGUUGUGUGUGACAAUCCCUGGAGAUCAGCAGUUACAGAAAUUGUGUCACAGUCAAAAUCACAGAGAUAAUUUUUACCCCCCAAUCUGAUGGUUGAUGUGAACAUUAACUGAAGUUCCUGACCUGUAUCUGUAUGAUUUUAUGCAUUGCAAUUUUGCCACACCAUUGGCUGAUUGGAUAAUUGCAUGAAUAAAUAGGUGUUUCUAAUAAAGUGCUCAGUAAGUGUAAAUCCAGUUACUAUGGAAGUCUAUGGGACAAUAUGGGGUAUGCUGUCCAAUAGAUUUCCAUUGUAAGCAUGUAACUUGUCUUUUUUUUUCUGGGCUUAACUGUAAUGUGGUUACUGCUUAUGCUACAGCUGAUCUCCCAUACAUGUUUAAUUCAAAAUUUUGUGAUGACCACACAACUCUUAAGGGAAAGGUUUUGUUAAUGUUAUACAUACACAUGUGAUAUACAACUUUUGGCUAGUACUCCUUACUCUUUUUCAAAUUACAGAACUUAAAACAUUCAAUCCAGUUUGCUUUUGGAAAUAUAAACUUAAAAGAAUUUGAAAGUCUCUAACGAGACAAUUUGAUCUCUUUCAAAUAAAAAAACGGAAUAAGCGUGUCUAUUUUUCCCAUUACAAAAUGUCAACCAGUAAAGAACUCUAGAUGAGGUUACAAGUACACUGACAGACAUUAAGCAUAUAAUAUUGAACACAACACUUAAGACUUCAAGGCAGGGGAGCUGAAAUGCCAUGAGGAGAGAUGCAAACAUCCACAGAGAAAUCUUUAUUUUUUUGGUCCAAGUGUUUACUUCGGACAGUAGUACGUGACAUGGUAUGUGAGGUGGAGCAGGUGAGUUGUCUUUUAAAUAUUGCAUCUGUAUGAAUCCAUGUUCCCAUGAAGGCAGUUACACAUCUGUAAUCCACCCAGGGUUAAUGAAUAUGUGCCUUCAGUACCUCCUAUCUUACUUGGAUCCUCUGGGUGUGAUCAUAUAGGGAAUGUAACAGAGUUCGCAAUCAUAGUCCAUUUCCUCAUGAACGAAGACACUGUUUGUCCCUGCUGCACACAAGUCUUGCUGAAUUUGCAGAGACAGCUGUUCUUACAGAAGUACAAAUAGACUUAUAGACUGAGAACUGAAUUCUCAAUCGCCGUAAACAGCUGUAAAAACCAAUCCUUCAUAAAAUUGUCAGACUGAAUUGAAUGACAAUUUACGUAAAAAAGGUUCCACAAACAACUUACACAGAUUAUUUUUUUGGUGGUUAUGUUUCAUGAAUGAGGCCCAGUGACACGGUCAAAGAAUCAACUGAAAAGAAAAUUAAGAGAUUGUUCCUCCCUAUAACCCUCAGGUGGCUUUUGCAAAAUAGGUCAGACCCUGGAAGACACUGGCUAAAAAAAAAACAAAAAAAACAGAACACUGACAUGGAAUGCUACUUCAGGAAUGUGACGGGUGAAUAACAUUCACUGUAACAUUUGCUGUGCACUUUAACACAUACUAAAAAAAAAAGUUCAUGUUUUCAGAACUA